GAAGCUGCAGCUCUCCCACCGUCAGCGUCGUUUGCAUCGAAAGGAAACGAUCAUCGCCGGGCCUGGAUUUCCCCGGACUGGGCACGUGACCGCUGCCGCACGUCAUCGUCGUUGGACCUUUGAACCUUUCGAGUUCGGCAAGCUUUUCGUCCCUUCGCUGUGGAUUUUUCCUUGGUUUCGCCUUUAAGAAGAUCGACCUGGGGAAAUAAUCCCCAAUUCACAGGAUCGUCCCCAUCGGACAUGUUUCCCUCCCAGACCGUUAGUUUAGAUUUAGACGCAUUGAGCGGAAUCUGUGGUUCGAUAUCCAUUGCGUGCUGGGUCGUGGUUUUCUCGCCCCAGAUCAUUGAAAAUUUUCGUCGUGGAUCCGCAGAUGGCUUGUCACUUCUCUUCCUCGUCGUCUGGUUGGCGGGCGAUGUAUUCAAUAUCCUAGGAGCCGUGCUGCAAGGCGUCCUGCCGACGAUGAUCAUCCUUGCUGUGUACUACACGCUUGCAGAUAUCGUACUACUAGGGCAAUGCUUCUACUACCGAGGCUUUACCCUCAAGGAUGAGCCAUCCUCGCCGCCUCCUGCGCAGGACGACACCGAGAAUGCAGACCCGACAUCGGAGCGAACGGCUCUCCUAUCCUCAAAGCCCAAUGGCUCGUCUUAUCAGUCGAAUGGGACCCAGAACCAACAUGGCAAUGGACACGUAACGUCCACUUCUACAUCUACCGCCCAGCCACCUUUAGAUCACAGAAGACACUCGGCGGCGUCUUCCACCUUCCGUGACAUCCUUCACCCCUCGGUCGAUGGCACCCAUCUAUCCCCAGCGACCCCGUUCAUCGAGCCCUCUCCUAAGCAGACGGCGCCUGCGCGUCAUAUAUCUACCAUCCAGUCCAUCCUGUUCAACGUAUCCGCCAUCCUAUUGGUCUGUGCGGCGGGCAUAUUGGGCUGGUAUGUCAGCCCGGGGUCCUCGAAGAACAAAGGCGAUGAACAGCCGCCGGACGACAACUCCCUUUCAUUCGACACGUGGGGACAAGUCUUUGGCUACUUCUGUGCUGUUCUCUAUCUGGGCUCGCGCUUGCCGCAGAUUCUCUUGAAUUACCGGCGCAAGUCCACGGAGGGCGUCUCCCUUCUAUUUUUCCUAUUCGCCUGUAUCGGAAAUCUGACUUAUGUCCUUUCCAUUCUGGCAUAUUCCCCAGUCUGUCGAGGUGAUGCACUGGAGCAGACUAACCGGUGUCGUCCCGGGGAAACCUCGGCAUUAUAUGGUCGCUACAUCCUUGUGAACUUGUCGUGGCUGAUCGGCAGCCUUGGAACCCUAUUCCUCGAUAUGUGUAUUUUUGUCCAGUUCUUCCUCUAUCAGGAUUCUGGAUAUACCGAGAAUGAACCUACAGACCAGGGUAGUGCGACGGAGUAGCCUCCAGAUACCCAUGGCUUUAAAAAAGAAGGUGGCUCAAAGGAAAACUGAAGAUCAUAAACCGUGAAAUCGUUAUGUUUUUAUUUAGAUCAGAUCCAUUUAUCCAGUCUGGGGCUAAAAUUGGCGAAAUCAGGACUCAAAACUGAAAAUGCGUG